AGGUUUAUAGCUGGCUCAACCCAAAAAGCCGAGAGUCUUCUCUCUCUAAACCACAGCCGGCUCUAGGUUCCUCAGCCAGCUCAACUGCAGGCGACCCGACCCGGACCCGCUCUACAGCCGGCUCUACAAUUAUAGUCGGCUCUCCUGCAGAUUUUUAAAGGCCUCGGGUUUCUCUCUCCCCGCACAAACCAGCCCAGAUCUGCUUCAAACCCACGACCUCUCCUCUCCCAAAACUCGCCAUUCACUCUCCGAAACACCAAAAUCUCUCCAAAUCUCCAAAACCCAUCCCUUAAACACUCAAAUAUCUUCAAAUCCUUGCCUACCCAACACAAAACCUCAAGCUUUUCACUUCAAUUUGUGUGGGAUCUGUUGUAUUUUUGGUGUGGCUGUUGGGAUUUCUCUCUCAUGGCUUCAAGAAGGGCUGGAAGUAAAAGGAGACAAGGGGGUAGUUCUAGCACCGGUGGUCAAGCUCAAGAAGAAGAAGGUAACAUUUCCCAAUCCAAUCUCUUUUUGGAUACCCAAGCCUCUAAACAGUAUGAAAUUAUCAAGAAUAUGGCUGUUUUAUCUUGCAAUUGUGUCAAAUUCAGUCAAUUUCCUCAAGGAGAUAUGCGUGUUGAAGAAAUGUUUAGGGAACUUGGAUGGAAGGAUUAUGUAGAAGUUAAAGAGCAUGUGUAUUAUGAAGUUGUUCAUCAAUUUUAUGCUAAUUUGAAACCAAGAGAAAAUAAAUGCAAAACUAUGGUUGCUGGGAGCCACAAUUGCCCCAAUUGCACUGAAAAUCAAACUAAAGUGGGGUAUCUUACACUAGAGAAUAGAGCAUUGCAGUGGAUUAUAUCUCUCAUUAUUGCUCAGAGGAAGGGUUCUAAAUCUUAUGUUCUUGCCAGUGAUCUUCCCUGGUUUGAUUAUCUUCUUAACGGAAAAAGGGCGAACCUAGGAAGAUACAUUUUCCGGAGCAUAAUCAAGCCUUACUCACCAACUUCGGGACUUCCUCAUGGUGCUCUAAUUACAAGAUUGGCAAAGAGGAACAAUAUUGAUCUUACACCCUUUAAGUUCGGAACGGUUCCCGGUGGGACUACUCUUACCAAAGCUUCUUUUGAAAAAAUGGAUUGUUUGUUUAGAAAUGGCAUUUGGAUAAAGAGAGGGGAACAAGAAGGGGAUGAAGAAGAAGGUGAUACAGAUCAAGAAAUGGCAAAACAAGGGGUAGAAGAACAUGAAGAUGACAGCCCAAGAGCAUUUCGAGCCUCCAUGCAAAGAACUAACCAAAUGAGAGGGAGAAUGACUAACGUGAAAGGAAAGCUGACUAACGUGGAAGGAAAGCUUAAUCAGCUUGUUAACCAUUUUUUUCCUCCACCCCCACCUGAUGCCACCUAACUUGAUAUCUCUUUAGCUUGGCUAAUCUUUAGGAUGGACAUCUUAGGAUUAUGCAUUUUAUGUUUUAUUUGACUAUGGAUAUGUCUUGAACCUUUUUAUGCAUUUUAUGUUUUAUGAAUGGAAAUGGCAUUAUUUGUGUUAUCAUGCUUUGUGAAUGAUUGUUUAUGAUUUUGAUGAUACUAUGCUCUUAUUGAGGGGGAGCAUUUUGUGCUUAAAUUGCUUUUCUUAAUGGUUAUCAUGCUUAAAUGCUUUAAAGAUUGAUGUGCAUGAAUUAAGGGGGAGUUUGUU